AUGGCAAAAGAAGAACCAGUGGAUGGAAAUUGGAGACUGAAACAAUAUUUAGUGGCUGUAGACGAAAUGUUAACGGAAUUAAGGACUGGACCUGAUAAGAUAGAAAAGGACCUAAUAAGUGAAUAUACAAAACGUGCAGCAUUUUUGAAAGGAUUAAUCCAAACAGCAACUUUAAAUAGUCCAAUUGAAAAGUUAGAAGCGGUCCAACUUUUAUCACAUGGAUCUGCUACCCUAGACUCAGAUGCCGCUGCUCAAGAGAUACAUCAAAAGACAGUUGCUAAAUAUGGUGAUGAACUACGAUCAGAGUUAUUUGGUUUGGAAGAUACUGACGAUACUUUAAGAAAACGCAAUAUUAUAAAGGCUCCUAAUUUUAAAAGCAAUAGUACAAGUCAAGAAGAUAUUGAUUCUCUAUUAAAAUAUCAUCAAAACAUGCAGGAGAAAGUUGCAGAGAAUAUGGUGUUACUCACAAAAAGCUUGAAAGAGCAGUCACAAAUAGCCAGUACUAUUAUUAAAGCUGAUACUGAAGCCUUAAAGAAGUCUUCAGACCUGACCGAUCGCAAUAUGAUGUCAUUGAAAGUGGAAUCUGAACGACUUCAAGAGCACAGCCGCAGUGCAUGGAAAUGCUGGCUGUGGAUCAUGCUAGCUGUUGUCAUGGUCAUAUUUAUAAAUAUGGUCCUGUUUAUGAAGGUCAUGAAAAAGCGAAAAUACGAAACU